AUGUCUGCAACGCAGCUUUUGAACCCUAAAGCAGAAUCUCGCCGGAGAGCGGAGGCACUUCGAAUCAACAUCAACGCGGGGGAAGGCCUCCAAGAUGUUCUCAAGUCGAACCUGGGCCCAUCGGGCACAAUCAAGAUGUUGGUUGAUGGGUCAGGUCAAAUUAAGCUGACAAAAGAUGGUGCGGUGUUGCUGAAAGAGAUGUCAAUACAAAACCCCACCGCCACCUUGAUUGCCCGCGCUGCAACAGCGCAGGACGACAUUACUGGCGACGGCACAACGUCUGUGGUGCUACUGAUAGGCGAGCUCCUAAAACAAGCAGACAGAUACAUCCAAGAAGGUCUGCAUCCAAGAGUCAUCACCGACGGCUUUGAAAUCGCCAAAACAGAGACCCUCAAGUUUCUUGACACCUUCAAAAUCACCCGUGAUAUCGACCGCAACCUACUUCUCUCGAUUGCAAAAACUUCCCUCUCCACAAAGAUCAACGCCGCUCUUGCCGCACAGCUGACGCCAUCUAUCGUUGACGCCGUAUUAGCCAUCCACCGGCCUCCUCAAAAACCCGACUUGCACAUGAUCGAAAUCAUGAAAUUGCAACACAAACUAAGUUCUGACACCACCUUGAUUCGAGGUUUAGUGUUAGACCAUGGCGCGCGACAUCCUGAUAUGCCGAAACGAGUCGAGAACGCUUUCAUUCUCACGUUGAACGUCUCUCUCGAGUAUGAAAAGUCUGAAAUCAACUCCGGGUUUUACUACAGCAGCGCCGAACAAAGAGACAAACUUGUCGCUUCAGAGCGUCGCUUCGUUGACGAAAAGCUCAAGAAGAUUGUGGCUCUAAAGAAUGAAGUUUGUGGAUCCGAUCCCAAGAAGUCCUUUGUGGUGAUAAACCAGAAGGGCAUCGAUCCACUGAGUCUCGACGUCCUCGUCAAAAACGGCAUCUUGGCGCUUAGGCGAGCAAAGAGACGGAACAUGGAACGUCUCCAACUCGUCUGCGGUGGAAAGGCGCAGAACAGUGUUGAUGAUCUCGAUCCUUCAGUGCUUGGAUGGGCAGGACUGGUCUAUGAACAGACCUUGGGCGAGGAGAAAUACACUUUUGUCGAGGAAGUGAAAGACCCGAAAUCAGUUACACUUCUAAUUAAGGGGCCCAACCAGCACAGCAUCACCCAAAUUACAGACGCAGUCAGAGACGGGUUACGAAGCGUAUACAACACCAUUGUGGACGGGUGCGUCGUUCCUGGGGCUGGGUCAUUUCAGAUCGCCGCUGCAGCACACCUUUCGUCAGAAGCGGUGCGAAAAACAGUUAAGGGCAAAGCCAAAUGGGGUGUUGCUGCCUUCGCAGACGCCCUUUUGAUCAUCCCGAAAACACUCGCCGCAAAUUCUGGACACGACAUCCAGGACGCACUAGCCGCCCUACAAGAUGAAUUUGCUGAGGGAAAUGUGGUUGGAUUAGAUCUCGUGACUGGAGAGCCAAUGGAUCCUGUGCAGGAAGGCGUGUUUGACGGGUUCCGCGUGUUGAGGAACAGUAUCGCGAGCAGUCAGGGAAUUGCGAGUAACCUGCUGUUGUGUGAUGAGUUGUUGAAGGCGAGGCAAAUGGGGAGACAACAGGCGCCUGGCGGGAUGGAUCAAGGAGAGUGA